CGUUGAUUUCUGUAACGAUACUGAUUUUAUUUGACAUUUGAACGCGUCUCGUCCAUGCUGACGCUCUCUUGUGUCCCUAUAAUCGCGGUGAGUAGGACGUGAGGAUGAUGGCCACUGUCCCGUUGUCCAGCUCCAGCCUCCUUCCUCUCCUUGGGACAUUAGAAGAUGUUGCAGCUGGAGUGUCAGAGCAGACUGAUGCCUACCUCACUAUAGCCAAUCGCCUCAGCGGAGAAGAUGGACGACAGUUCUUUCCUAUAAUUGUAAAGCACUUUUCACGUCUAGGUCAAGCUUUCCAGACCCACAUAUCCAGUGAGAAUGAGGAGCUGAGGCAGGCUGCACUUCAGGCCCUGGGUUUCUGUGUGUUCAACACUAAUAUUGUGUCAAGCAUCCCAGCAACGUUUGCAGAGGAGAUUCUGUUGGCACUUUGUGCUCUGGUUUUAAAGUCCACAGACAAGAACACAUGCACUCGAGCAUUAUGGGUUAUUUCAAAGCAAAACUUCCCUGCAGAUGUGAUUUCCAAGAAGACACCAGAAAUACUCAAGACCCUCGAGGCCAUGCAGACAAAAGACAUGCAGUCAGUCUUGAUGGAUCACGAGUCGCUAAAUGUUGUGAUAAAGCUAUUGGAGCAGGCUCCUUCUCAGAUGGGGGAAGGAGCAGUGUGCUGGGCUAAACUGGUCAUCCCUCUGGUGGUUCACUCGGCCUCGAAGGUGCGUUUGCGUGCAGCUGCAGCACUGGAGAUGGGAAUGCCUCUUCUUCUAGAAGAACAGCAGGAGGUGGCGGCUAUAGUGGAACCCAUGAUGUCUGUCAAACUUAUCCCAGAGAUGCAGAAACUGUUUUCGGCCAAGAAUGAGAGCAAUGUGCUGAAGCUCUGGCCUUUAUUUGUGAAGCUUUUGGGAAAGUUACUUCACAAAGGGGGUGCCUUCAUAAACUCCUUGCUUUAUUUAGAAGAGCUCGGCUUUCGCAGCUCAUCUCCUGCUAUAAAGAAAAUUGCUUUUAUUGCCUGGAAGAGCCUUAUCGACAACUUUGCUCUUAACCCAGACAUCCUGUGUAACAGCAAGAGGCUGAAACUGCUUAUGCAGCCCCUCAGCUCCAUCCUUGUGAGGACUGAAGCCUUGUUACUUACCAAAGUAGAGGUCUGGUGGUAUUUGGCAGUCAAAUUGGGGCCCAGCCUUGCUACUAAUUUUGACCAGGUUGGCAUACCACUGCUGCAGAGCACACUUUCUUCAGAUGCUUCACAGAUGCCUCCAGCUACGCCUGCUAGAAACACAAGCCAGACCAAUGGCAUUGGACUGGCUACUCCUAAACCAGGUGUUUCCGCAUGUAGCAGUCCAGGUUCUACCUCUCGUCUGAGCCUCAAUAGCAGCGUGAGUGUCCCACAGUCCUACUCCUCCAUUCAGCUGCUGGGGCUGGAGAUGCUACUGCACUACUUUUUGGGUUUACAGGCCUGUCCUACUGCUGCCAAAAGCAAACUGCAGCUCAGUCUUGAGCCUUUGACACACAACCUCUUGAGCAACAGCCCUUUCUUCAGCAAGCACUCUGCCGUUUUUAUUUCUGCUGUUAGAGACGGCUUUAUUGCUGUGGGCAAAGAUGCUCCAGAAGCACUUCUUAAUCUUAUUUGGAGCAGUCUGGUUAACCAUGUCAGUAUAGCGAUAGAGGCUGCUGGCAAUAAGAAGGAAAGACAGGGUUCUGAGGUUUUAACUCUCCUGCUGCAGGCCUUCCAAUCCAUUUUGUCUUCUGAAGCCCUGCCAGCCCCACGAGCUCUGGUUUUGCUGGAAACUACUGUUAAGGGAAUACCUCAAAAGGUGCUGGGUUCUGCAGCUUAUCAAGUGGCCAACAUGGAUGUCUUAAAUGGUACUCCAGCCCUUUUUCUAAUACUCCUCUUCUACAACAACAGUCUCCUCUCAGUGUUUGUCAGUGAUGAGAGAUUUUUCCUGUGCCUGGAGACCCUUGUCUGUUGUGGUCUCAGUGGCCCCACGUCGCCUCUGGCUUUUGGAGAAGCAGUUUUGGGAGCAGUUAGUCGCAGUGUUGAGUCUGUGCAAAACAAGGAGCAUUUGUGGAGAAUGUGGAGUGUAGUUGUGCAGCCUCUGACUGACACCAUUACACAGACAAAUGAGGUGAAUCAGGGAGAUGCCCUGGAGCAUAACUUCAGUGCAAUUCACAGUGCCUUGAUGUUCCCCAUUACUCACCUUCUGUCUGGUUCUGGUUUUCCUCAGAUGACACAAAAGUCCAUGUUAAGUUCUUGGUCUCGACUCUACAAAGCUUUUGCUCGCUGCUCAGCUUUGGUGGCAACAGCAGACGAGAAUGUCUGCUGCGAAGAGUUGUGUUCCAAGAUUUCUGCUGCACUAGAUAAUCAAGCCCUAAAGAGUUUGUCUACACUUGAUGCAAUAGCCAAUAUCUUGCUGUCCAUUAUCGAGAGCGUCGAUUUCACUCCAUUUACUCCUCAGUUUCAGCAGAAAAUGAAAUCCCCACACACACCACUGGGCUGGGUUCGGAAAAGGAGUAAAGCUUUGGGCAAUCUCUCAAGCUUCCAUGUGCUUUUGGUGCAGUCUUUAGAAGCCUUCUUAACUUUGGUCCCUUCAGAAGAGAACAGUACAGUCUUAAGUGGCGUUGGUACUAUGCUCAUCUCUUCAUUGUCUACUAUUUUUACCAACCUUGCAUUACCCACGGUCAUCCAAGCGUCCUUGGGUUCACUCACCAAACCUCUAGCACAACUUUAUGGACAAGCAGGAUCAGAAACUGAGCAGUCAAAAUCUAUCACUAUGCUUGGAUCCAAGUUGGAGAAGUUGGUGGGAGAUUUGCUUGGCUCCCUGCAGACGCGCUCUGCACUGCAGUAUGAUGAUGAGCUACUGGAAGUUCUGUCUCCUUUGCUUUGUGUUUUCUUACCACACAAAAGCAAGCAGAUCCGCACAGUUGUCACUCAGUUCUGGAAUGCCACUUUUGGAAAUGCCCUUGUACUCACUUACCCAGAGAUGAUCAGGCCUGUUUUAAGCCAAGCAAAAAUGAAAGCUCCCCUAAUUUUACCUGGAUUUCAAGCCGUUGAAACAUCAGAGGAUUUUAGUGGACAAUGCUCAAAUGAGUGUUCACAAAUUGACAUUCAAAUCAGUGGGAUAAAGGUGACCUCAGUGGGGAAAAGGGAAUCUUUGCUUAGAGCAGCAGAACUGAAGGAAAGGAACAGUGGAACUACCAGCAAGCCUGUGUCUGUGAAAUUAGACUUUGGAUCUCCCAAGCCUCCACAAAAAGAAGUCCUUGAGGAGGAAGCAUCAGUAGAUUUUGUGUUUAUCCCCCCUGAGGCAAAGGAGAGAGUACUGACUGAGCAUCAGAAAGAGGUUAAAAGAACAAAAAGGGUUGAUAUUCCUGCCAUGUACAAUAACCUUGAUGCCUCCUUGGAUACCACAGCCUUUUCACAGUACUCACAGAGCCAAGAGGAAUCAAUGGAUAAAUUACCAACACAUGAGCCAGCUGAAACCAAAGAAGAGGAUAAGCCUGAAUCAAUGGACAUAACAAAUGAACAAUCACCUGUAGUUGAUGCUGAAAAGGUGCAAGAUGAUGACGACUCAGAAACGGCUGCAAAAGAAAAAGAAAUGGAAACGUCUAACAAAACUACUGAGGUGCCAUCAUCUGCAGACAUCACAAUGGCAGAUGCCGAUGAUCAUCAAGAUUCACACCACAAAGAGAGCCAAAGCCCAAAUGUUUCGGGUUCGUCUGACGUGAUAUCUGGCACGCCACCAAAAUCUGCCAGCCGACGUCAGUCCUUCAUCACGCUGGAGAAAUAUGUUGAGGGUCAGCACACCAGUUCUCCAGACGUUACAAAGUUUACUGGCCCACUCACCAGGACCUCUGGUCCAGACUCUCCAAAGCCACAAGAUGAAGUAAAUUCUGCUUCAAAUGAUUUAAAUUUGCAGCCAGAAUCUGAUAAUGAAUCUACUGUCAAGGUUACUCAGCUGUCUACGAAUGAGAAUGAAGACAAAAGUUCAGAAAAAGAUCAGAAGGUAAAAUUACUGACCAAAUGCCCUAGUGAAGGCACAGAUGAGGAUGAGGUGAUUCCAGACACUCAGACCCAAGUUCUUAACUGUGAAGUUGAUGCUGAAAACCAGCCCAGUGAGGGUGUGGAAACUGAAAUGACAUCCUCUCAAGAUGAUUCAGAGAUUUUAGCUGCUUCCCAGGUGGAGGAAGUCUCAAAUGAGGUUGAGCCACGGAGGUCAGGUAGGCGCAGAAGUAGACCUCUCCGACCAGGAGAGAGUCCAGAGGAUCAGGAUUCAAAAAACAAACUCGAGAAAAAGUCUAAUGAUGCACAAAAGUCAACAUCGCCCAAGCAAACAGACAUUGUUUUGCCUGGAAGGGGGGGCAGGAGAAGUAAAGUCCCUGAAGAAACUGGGGGUAAGAGUGGCAAAUUGCAGGGCAUUGAAAAUAAAGAUGAUUCCAGCCAGAGUGAUUUACAAGCGUCACCUGUGGCAACAAACACAAGUUUAUUACAGGGAAGACGCAAACGCAAGAGCAAAGACUCUAGCCAGACUGAGCUUUCAGUUGAUAACCAGUGUCUGUUAAGUCAAACAGAUGAUGAAAGUCAGACACCUCUUAGUCAGCCAGACAGUCAGUCAAAACGUAAAUUGAGAACUAGAAUAUCCAGUGCAGGUGCUGACGUUUCAGGAAAAAAUGAUCAGGGCUCCAAAGGUGAUUCCCCAACUGGUGUAUCCGAGAACAAACAUAUGGACACUAAUAUAUCUGAUGUAGUUACCAAGUCAAUUGGCAGACCAAAAAAAGCUCGGAGGUCUGAAUCAGCUGAUAUGCAAAACAUCAGCGAAACAAAUGAAGAAGCAAAUGAUACAAGCAAGUCUGAUUCUCAGACAUUAUUGGCAAUAAAAAAGCGAGGCAGACCGAAAAAGGUUUUGGACAAGACAAACACUGAUGGAGAUCCUAAUCUAUUAAAUUCUGAAAGCUCCCAGACUAAUGAGAUUAGUGAGGAAAAAGACAAUUCUCAAGCAAUGGAAAAAUAUAAUACUCGCAGAUCAUCUCAAGGCUUGUUGGAUUCUGCUGGGAACACUGAGUCUGAUGCCUCCGAUUCCAAAGAUAGGUUGAAAAAAGUCAACGUGCAUACGUUUUCUGAAGAUGCAGAGCUUCACAAAAGUGCUGACAAGGAAGAAGUUCCAAUGGAAAUGUCUGAGAAAGAGUCAGAAGGCUGCAUAAAUGUUGGCUCACCACACAAAGAUGAAGUAAAGGAUAAAGAGGAACUUCCAAUAGCUAAAGACCCGAAUGAUCACACUGUCCCUGAUGAAAAAUCAGCUAUUGAGCAACAUGAGAGAAAAUCAGAGAUGGAAAUAGAUGCCACUAAGGCAGAGUUGGUUGACGCUGGUCUGGAUGAGAAAGUAGUUGAGGAUGGAGCAGUGGGAUCAUCACCUAACUCGAUGCUUCUAGAAAAAAAUGAAAUGAAGACUCCAGCAUUGUUCAAAUGUCCGCAUACAAAAAAACGUGGCCGGAGACGGUCCUGUAAAUGUUUUAUACGCAGUGGCGAUACAUUGUCGGUCCAGAACCUGAAGAACGCUGGACAGGACCUGAAUGAAGGCGAGCUUUCUCCUAAAUCCAACAACUUGCCACUUGAAUCGGAGCAAAAUGGCCCCAAAGUACCUUCUGAAGAUUCGGUUGCUGAUAAUGUACUUUGCUCUUCAGUGUUGCCCAAUUUGACAGAAAUAGAAAUGCCCACUACAAUCACAGUAGAAGCUCUGAAAGAGUGUUCAGCUAUGGCAGAUGAGAACCAAAAUGCGAAUGUAAAUGACAUGGUUAAGGAUCAGCAAAAGGACCAAGAUGCUGCGACUUUACAAAGCACAUGUGAAGAGCAACCUCAAGCUUUAGUCCCAACAGAUGCUUCCUCCAAAAAUGACCAACCUGUGGAGGAGGAGCUGGUAGCUCAAGAACAAUCUGAAUCCCAUGUUGAUCAGAACAAAGAACUUGACGUUUCUACUGUAAAUGAAGAACGGGUUGAAAAGGAGCAUCCUGUGGAAGAGGUUGGUGGUGAUGCUGCUACCCCUCUCCCAGAGGAAAGUGAAUUGGACAACGACCCUGUUGUAGAUGGUGAUGGGGAAAAUACACAGAUAGACCACAAAGAUCAACCUGAGGCAGAUCAACAUAGUGAAGCACCUUUACCACCACAGACUGCUUUAUCAGAAGCAUGCCUAGACUCCCCACCCAAGCAGAAGCUGUCAGAUGCUCUGUUUGGAAACUCAGAUGUGAAGCAGAGUCCCAGUAAUAGUGUAACUCGUGGUGUGUGGUCUCCAGCAGCUUCUCCAUCUACAAGCAUACUCAAGAAAGGACAAAAGAGGCAAUUUGAAGAUGACUCUCCAUCAUCUCUCGUCAAGUCUCGCAGAGUGUCUUUUGCAAACCCAAUAUAUCAGCAAGAACUGGCCGAUGACAUUGACCGUCGCAGUCCAGUAAUAAGGACCAGCUCUCCAAAAUCAAAGAUUGUUGGGCAGCCAAUGUAUAUCACAACACCUACUAAAGGCCUUCUGACUCUCAGUCCCCGCAACCUUCACAGCCCUGGUUACAAAAGUUCAAAGAAAUGCCUGAUCUCAGAAAUGAGUCAGGAGCCCCAGCCGAUCCCAAAGGACUGUGUUUAUCCAGCCCUUGUCGGCUGUUCUACUCCUGUGGAGGCUGUUCUCCCACAGAUUUCCUCCACUAUGUGGCCUCGAGGCUUUGGCCAGCUUGUUCGUGCCAGGAACAUCAAAACAGUUGGAGAUCUAAGUGCUCUCACCGCUACUGACAUCAAGUCGCUCCCUAUUCGCUCUCCUAAGUUGUCAAAUCUCAAGAAAGCACUGAGAACCUAUCAUGAGCAGCAGCGGAAAGGGCGGCCUGAUGAUUUAAAAAGCUUUGAUGAAAUGGAAAAAAUAACUUCUGAACCUGAGGAGACGGCUGCAGUAUUAAAUGAAGAGGAGGACAAGAUGUCAGGAGAAGGACAAGAGGUCAUCUCUUCGGACAUGGCAUCACGUUUGGAACAGAAAGCAGAAUCAUCAAUGUCUGUGGAGCAGAAAGCAGAUGAAUCAGUACCUAUGGAGCUUUUAUCAGAUGUGGCUGCUCUAGGAGGUCGAGUAACACAUGAGGAGCUGAGCCGCUGUACACCAAAGGAACUGGGUCUGAUGCAUGAACACCUCAGCAGCAUGAUGAGAACUAUCGUGGAUCAUCUUCAGUCACGUUUGGUCAGAAAUCUUGAGGACAGUUUGUCGUGACUCAUGAUCCUGAGCUUUCUUCAUGGGACAUAUUCAGUGACUUGUUUUUAACAAGACGUUAGCAGUGGACUGCUGGGUUUUAACCGAUAUUUUAAAGGAAUUGUGGAUCUGUUUGAAAUUUUGCAAAUACUUUCAUUGAUCCUAACAGCCUGUACCAUAUUUGUGUCUCAGAGUGUAAUACAGCAUGAUAGUAUUACUUUUGAAGCAUGCAGACCAAGAUGCAAAUGGCACUUUUAGUUUUAAAACCUUGUUUUGUUUAAAUAAAGAAAUGUAGAGUUCAA